UCUUCCUUUUUUUUUUUUUUUUUUUCCCCCUCGUUGUUUUUACUUAUACUUCAAAAAAAGUGGGGUAAAGUACAAAAAAAGUCAGUUGCGGAACGGCAAAGGUUUAGAAAUCACAGCGCUGAACUAACCCAAGCGAGAGACACGGAGCACAAACCAAACACCCCCACGACACGACGCGGCCAAAGACCAUUUACAGCCUUUGGCUUUGUAUUAUUAUUAAUUAAUUUUUGUUUUCUUCUGUACAAAAACACACCAAAGCAUGCCACGGAGCGGAGGAAAAAAAAGAAGAGAUACCAGAUGGGGAGGAGACCGGAGAUUUGUAGAGCAGGGGACACGGACGGGGGUGUGGUGUGACAGGGCUGUCCCUCACCCCACCAGCCACCCCGCUCCCCACCGCCACCGGGACUGCGUGGGGCUGGGAAUGUGGGGCACAGGGGGUGAGCAUCAACAGGGGGACCCCCAACCCCACUCCUAGUGUCACCCAUUGCGCUUGGUCACAGUGUUUGGGGGGGAGUCACUCCUCUCAGGGCGGCCCUUGGGGACCCAUUAACCUCAUCCCCUGUAAUCUCUCUGAUGAGAGAUGCCCCUGUGGGGAUGGUUUUUGGGGUGGGGGGGUCCCUAACCGCGUUCCCUUGCAGGUGCAACACACAGGACUACACGUGGCACAAGGGCACGCGCUGCGAGGCCAUCGUCACCGACUUCCAGGUGAUGUGUGUGGCCGUGGGCUCAGCCGCCCUCGUGGUGCUGCUGCUCUUCAUGCUCACUGUCUUCUUCGCCAAGAAGCUCUACCUGCUCAAGACGGAGAACAGCAAACUGCGCAAGACCAAAUACCGCACCCCGUCCGAGCUGCACAACGACAACUUCUCCCUCUCCACCAUCGCCGAGGGCUCCCACCCAAAUGGAGGGGACAGUGCCAUGUGGUUCUGGCAGACGAUGCUCCCGGGCUGUGGCGGCACUGGGGCAGGACCGUCGGCCGGCAGCGGCAGAGAGAAGCGAAGGGCUUUGCCGAGCGCGAGCCGCAGGAGGAGCGUGGGUCCCUCUAGCCUUUGUCGUAGCCCCGAGCUGAUUUUUUUUCCUGGUUUUCAACCGCCUUUAGCAGCCGUAGUGUCUGCUGCUGCUCGGCCCACCCUGGCAGGAGGCUCCUGGCCACAGCUCGCUCCCCGCUGUGGGGAGGAUGAACCUUGGGAUUAAUUCAGUGCCUCUCCCUGGCACCUCGCUGGGGUCUGAGCCAUCCAGGCCCCCUCCGGGAUGCCAAGGGCUCGGUCCUACAGCGGCCCGUGGUGCCCAGGACACAGCGCAGCGAAGAUGCGGAAGGGACAGCAGGGUCAGCACCCCUGGGAAAGGGGUUUUUGGGGACACAUCGUGUGGCCCUUCCGCUGGGUGAUAGAGCUCAGUGCCCCGGCAGCAGUGCCUGUCCUGUGGGGUUUGCAGUGGAAUGCUAACACCAGUCCCGGCCUGGCCGGGGGCAGCUCAUAGAGUCGCUGCCCAGAAGAUGGAGGUUUCCCAUCCUCGCCCGAGGUGUGUGCCACUGGCCCUCGGGGAUCUCCAUCCCUCUGCUGCAUCCUGCGUGGCACCGGGACCACGCUACUAUGCCGGUGGAUGCCUCAGCGCCACGGCCCAUCCCGCCCUCACAGCCCCCACGCCAGGGCUCAUCCUGCCCCACCAGCACCAACGGCGAUGCCAGCAGAGACGUGACCCGAUGCAGCCAGAGCUCGGCCACGCCACGCUCCCCACGGAUGCGAGAGAAAUUCGGGGUGCAGCCCAUCCCCAUGGGAGGAUGCUCCAGGCAGCCAUUGGGGGGGACCUUGGGAAGAGGCAUCCACGAAUCGGCACGGCGGGGUCAGCUGUAUGCUAACGAACUGCAAUAAAUCCAACCCCUCGGGCCUCCUGCCAAGCGCCGAGGAGUUACUAAUUGUC